UUGUUGCGGAAUUGUAUAAUACUCCAUCUGUUCCUAAAAGAUCUAUAUUAUAGUUUUUUCACACUUAUUAAUAAAACAUAUAAAAUUGUAUUUUCUAAUACAUUGUUUUUCUUAAUUAUCUAUUCCGAAUAACUUUUAAUUAAUAAGAUUUUAUUAAACACAAUUGUAUUUUUUGAAAAAUAAAAUUUUUCAUUAAUUAAUGUAUUGAAAAUGUAAAAAAUGUAUCUUUUUGAAACAAUUUUUUUUUCUAAAACAUAGAUUUUUUAGAAACAGAGGGAGUAUUAUUUUAAAAUUUAUAUAGGUACUGGGUUAGCCUAGUUGAGUUAAAUUUAAUGGGAGUUAAUAAUUAUUUUGGACUUUGGUCAAUGUAAAUAUUUAAUAAAAAUAACAUUAUUUUCAAAAUUGCACAUGGGUCAUAUGAGUCAUGACCACCUUGCCAAUGAGAGAUAGAUCUUGGAUCUUCAUGUACAAUAUUCACAUUUGUCACUUAUUUCAUGUGUGGUAUUUUCACUAACACCUGCCACUUCUAUCCAGUUCUUACAUUUUCAACAAUUAUCUUUUCUUAACCGGGGAGAUUUUAAAGUAGCCAUCUUCUUUAGGCAAUUAGCAUGUAUAAUCUGAUUUUAUUAUUUUCAACCAAAACCACAGCUUUCUCAGAAAUUUUCAUUCUUGUAGCCUUGUGAUGUCUGAAACACCAUUGCUUAAAAAACUUCGACUGAUUUCUCACCAUCUGCCACUUGUUUACACUUUAGCAAAUGUGCUCUCAAAACCAACUUCUAAAACAGAUUUGACAGAUAUCUUAGCAACUGCCACUCAUUUAUCAUUUGUAUCAGAAUCGCAAUUUUUGAAAUAAACUCGAGCACACAUUAUCACUUCCGUUAGGUAUUGCAAUAUUAGAGCAUUAUUAGUGGUUAGAGACAAUAAAUUUUUUUUAAAAAGAAAUAAAAUUAACCCCUAAAAUUAAACCACUAGAAGAGGGACAAUACAUUAAUGAGUAUUUUAAAGUAGUGUGAGACCAUUUCCAAUGGAGUAUCCAUGAGGGUUCUAUGUGAUGGUUCUAAGUAAAUAUAUAUUGAAAAUUAAAUCAAAAUAAGAGAAAAUAGAUAGAUAUGGUUCUAAAAAUGAAAGUUUUAGAAUCAAUUCUAAAUAAUAUGUGUCGCUUUGUGAUAGGGUAGUAUUCUAAAGGAAAAAAAAAUUAAAUCCAAUUGUUCUUUCUCUCUCUCUUUCGUGGAUUGAAAGCAACUCCUUUUUUGUAGACGAAACACAGAUCUUCUUUCACAAUUUGGCGACUCAGCUGUCAAUCCUCUCCAUCCUCUAUCUACUCUGCUUCUUUCAAUCAAGAUAACAUGAAAGAGUAAUCAAAACCUGACGAUGUGGGGAUCGCGACCGAGCAUGCGGAGGAUGGAGAUCUCGCGGAGAGUGGUGGGAGGAACGCCUUCUUCUUCUUCGUGGAGACGAGUCGUCUUCUGUCCAAAAACCUGCAACUUGAACCCAUGAAAUAAUGCACAGAGAGUUCAUAGAAUCAAUCGGAGUACGCAUCAGAGCUAUGAUCAAUUCGUAAAUCACCUUCAAAAUUGGCCCAAAAUCAUUUAAAUCUGCAGAAACUGUUCUAUUGCUGCAUUGUUAGGACUCCGUUUGACAAGGUAAAUUAAUUUUUAUUGAGUUGAUAUUUGGUAUAGAUAAUCAUGAAAUAUCCGACUUCAUAAUCAACGGUGAGAUUUUGAAGUGGACGGUUGGAUUAGUAGUUAUUCAUGUCUUUCUGAAUCAGUUUGAUGCACUGUAAAACAAAGUGGUGAUAUGUUUGAUGAAUUGUCUUGUUUGGUUGGAAAAUGAACUCGGACAGAGUGAUAUGUUUGAUGUCUUGUUCAAUAAUUAUAAGUUUUUUUAUUAUACAAUGAGAUGCAAGUAAUAUAUUAUUACAAGUUUUCUAAUUUUUGAAACUUAAAACUUUUAAUUGGUUCUACUAUUGGAGGAGUUAAAAUUAAACAAGUAUCUAAAUUUUUUAAUUUGAUUAUUUUCAAUUAAAAAAUUGAUUUAGAACUCUAACACCAUAUCUAUUGUUGGAGAUCGUCUGAGAGGCUGAGAGCAUCAACAUCGGCCAGAUACUCAAAUCAAAUGAACCUCUCACCAUAAUAUUUGUAUUUAUUUAAAUAAUAAAAAAUCAAACCACUAAAAUAUUGACAACAAAUAAAUGAGUUUUUCAAAGAGGAUUAGUUUUCUCACUUAUGAGAGGCCUAACUAUUUCUUUCUUACAUUUUUGUAUUUUUCUAUUUUAAUCUAUAGAAACUGACUGAGCAAAUUUUAAUCACACUACGAGAGUCUUUUUACACAAAAGUUUGUCUACUUUUUUUACCAUUGUAUCUUAUAACGUAUAGAAACUGCGUAAAAAGCUAUUUAUUAGAGCACUUACAUCAAUAGAUAUUUAGGGUAUCUAAGUAAUUAUAAAAAAAUAUAAAAAUUAGGAAAGGGACAAUAAAAAUUGCUCAAAAAAGAAUUCUUAAGAUAUUCUUGAGAAACUAUAGUGACAUAUGUCAAAUUAAGCUUUUCUAAAGAUUAAAAUUCAGUAACUAAACUUUGUAUAUUAAUUUCCAUUAGUAAUUAGAACAUCACUUAAGAUACUGUACCAAUAAUGGUGCUAUUAAUGAUGCUUUUAGAAUCAAUAACUCUUUUUAAACUCAACAGUUUUCUAUCACUUUGUUCAACUAAAUUCGAUUAGAGUUUAAAUAUUUAAAAUAUGUAGGGAUAUAUGUGUAUAUAUAUAUAUUUUUAAAAAAUUAAUUAAAUCUCCUACGGCCACAUGUAAUUAGAUUAGGCGACUCAGUUAGGGUCAUUUUUCCCAAAUGAUUCGGCUCCAAAAGUAUUUGAGUAUGCGCCACUCGAGUAAAAUUACGAGUUAGGUCAGAUGGUUUUGAUCCCUAUAACCCGGCGAUGUGAGAACACUAUUAAAAUCAAGAUUGAUUAGGGACUGAAUGGUUACAUGUUCCAAUAGCUAAAUCAGAAAAGUUACUGCUCAAAAACCAAGACAUGUACCGUUUUUAACGGAGUUCACGACAUUAGAGAGCGAGUGGUCAUGCAGAAAAAGAACUAAGUGGUGAUUCCGUCGAGAGCCUUGCGAGCACUAAUAACAUACUUAAGCGAUCAAAACAAAAUAUGCCCUCAUUGAUAAAAAAAUGUAUUAUAAAACCACAAGAGAGAGAGGAGAGAGAGAGGCCGAGUAUGAGAGAGAGAGGUGGCCAAGACUUUCCAUUCUUCUAGUUUUCCUAAUUCCUUUAUGUUUAUGAUUUGUAAUCUCUCCUUUUAUCUAUCUUGUAAUCCCCUAUAUAAAGAGAACACUUAUUCAUUAAUAAUACACAGAAACUUACGGCUCUAAAUCCUAAGUUUCACAACACGUUAUCAGCACUAUAGUUUCAAAACUCCCUAAGCCAAAAUCGCAAAACCCUUAAACCCUAAACUAGCCGGCGAUCCAUCUAACCCUAAUCCGAUCGCACCUAAACCCUAACCCGAUCACGUCCCAUUCGUUCUAGCAAGCAUUCCCGUCUCAGCCCCAUCCGAUCUCAGCUCAGACGACCCCAUCCGUUCUCAGCUUGCAUCCCGGACAGCUACAGCUCGCUUCCCCGAUCAGCCAGCUCGCGACCCGAUAGGAAGCAGCCUGCUCGCGUUCCCGAUCAGACGCGUCCCGUUCCAGCUCACGCCUCAGCACGCGACCGUUCCAGCUCGCGUUCCAGCUCAUUCCAGCUCGCGUCCGAUCGUCCAGCUCAAGGUUCUCUUGGUAGUCCGGUUCUACAAUCUUCAAAACCUAAAGGUAAUUCGAAUUCUGAAAACAUUAAAUCGAAUUUGGCAGUUUUGUAAAGAUUGAAACCCUAAAAACCUAAUCUCUAAAAUAUGAAAGCCAUAGGAUAAUAGAUCAAUCCCCUAUGAGUAAAUCGAAGCUCUAUAAGUUCAAUCCAAACCAUAAAAAAUCGAGAUUUGAUCCAUUGAUCAAUUAAAAUCAGAACCUUGAAGGUUUUGAAUCUCAAAAUUAAACUCCUUUGAUCUAAGAUCAAAUCAAAUUCCCAAAACCCUAAUCUGAAAAAAAAUCUAUUUGUAUUUUUUGGAAUUUGAACAUUGAUUGAUCACCUAGAACUAUUGAUUAGGAUUGUUUAAAAUUGAAUCUGAAUUUGUCUUGUUUAAACUGAAACCCUAAAUAACCUAGUCUAGAUUAUUUUGAAAUCGAAUUUGGAUUGUGGCCGUGUGGCCUUGAUACAUUCUAGGUCAAUUGUUCUAGAUCAUAACCUGUGGCCGUGUGGCCUUGCUGCAUUCAUAUCUAAACCUGACCACAACUGAUUGAUUGCAAUUUGAACUUAGAAUCUCAUGUUAGGAUGACAUUAAAAUUGAAAUCAAGUGGCCAAAUGUUUGUUCUUUGCAUGGCCAUGUGUUUGUUUGUUAUGAUUGCAUUGUAUGAACUGAUAAGAAUUCAUCUAUACUAGGAUUGCAUUAACUCUGAAUUAAAACUAAUUGCCAUGCGGCUUGUUGUCUACCUUGGCCGCGUGGCUUCUUCUUGGCCGUAAGGCAUAAACCUUGGCCAUUAGGCUUACUUGAUUGUUUGAACCUAAAACCAUAUUUGUUUAAACCCUAUUUCUAAAGACCUAUAUUAUAAACCAUGAUUUCAGAUGUCGAAAAUCAAUAACCUGGAUUUUUCUGCCCUAAAUCUAUCUGGAGACAAUUACCUUCAGUGGGCGCUCGAUGCUAAGAUCAUCCUGAAAUCCAAGGGUAUCGGUGAAUGUAUCACCGAGAACAAUAAUGCUAAUGAGAAGGAUCGUUACAGAGCCAUCUUGAUCAUUCGUCAUCGUCUAGCUGAGAGUCUCAAGUAUCAAUAUCUAACCAUUGAGAACCCACUAGAUCUUUGGACUGAAUUGAAAUCGAGAUAUGAUCACCAGAGAACAGUGAUCUUACCAAAAGCUCGCUUUGAUUGGACGAAUCUCAGGAUCCAAGACUAUAAGUCUGUGGACGAGUAUAACUCUGCACUGUUUAAGAUUGUUUCUAAAAUGAAACUGUGUGGUGAAAGUAUUACGGAUCAGGAUAUGCUUGAGAAAACCUUUUCCACUUUCCACACAAGCAAUGUAUUGUUACAACAACAGUACCAUGUGAAAGGUUUCAAAACCUAUGCUGAUCUUAUUUCUUGUCCCUUGCUCGCUGAGCAGAACAAUGAAUUACUAAUGAGAAACAGUCAGAUGAGACCUCUUGCAUCGGCUCCACUACCUGAAGCACACGCCACAGAGGACAAUAAAGAGUCCAACCACGUCCAAGGAAAUGACCAGCAUGGCCGUGGUCGGGACAAGUUCAAUGGACGUGGCUGCGGUAGAAGAUCUUUUGGCCGCAGGCGAGGAAAUGGUCGAGACCAUGGACGGGACCGUGGCUCAUUUGGACGAGGCCAUGGUCGCGGUCGUGGAUCUUCAUUCAAACCUCAACACUCGACCAACUCAAGCAAAUCAGUAUGUCAUAGGUGUGGAAUGAGUAAUCAUUGGGCUAAGACUUGUAGGACUCCCAAGCAUCUAAUUGACCUCUAUCAAGAGAGUUUGAAAGGGAAGAAUCCAGAAGCCCAUAUGACCUAUCAAGAUGAUGAAAAUGACUUUGAUCAUUAAAAGGACGAUCUUAUGGAUUAUGAAACUUCAGAUUGUCUUAAAGACUGAAGAUUGAUUUCGACAUUUGUAAUCUCAAUUUGGUGUUUUUCAUUUCCAUGUUGUUAUUUCUUUAAACAUGUUCUGAAACUUAAUAAUAAAUGAAUGGUUUUUAUAAAUGAAGUCUCUAAGUAGCAUUCUUUUGAAUCUUGUUUUAGAAAUGAACGAGAACAAGGAUUUACUCGUUGUGGACAAUGGGUCGAGCAACACGAUUUUAAAAGACAAGAGAUACUUCAUAAACCUAACUCUUAAAAACGCCAACAUCUCCACCAUUGCGGGAAUAACUAGUCUCAUAGAGGGGCACGGCCAGGCCAAUAUCCUGUUGCCUAUGGGUACACAUCUUGAGAUAUCAGAUGCCUUGUAUUCACCCAAAUCUAAGAGAAAUCUAUUAAGCUUUAAAGACAUUCGAAUGAAUGGUUUUCAUAUUGAAACCACGGGCGAAGGAAACAAAGAAUCUUUUCAAAUCUUUGAAAUCGUCCAUGGCAAUAAGAAAGUUUUAGAAUCCAUUCCUGCACUAUCUACUGGUCUUUACCAUGCUAAAGUCAGUAUGAUCGAGGCCAAUGCCACUUUUAAUAAAGAGGCAAUCAACAACUUCACUUUAUGGCACGAUCGGCUUGGCCAUCCCGGUUCGACCAUGAUGCGUAAACUGAUCCUGAACACUAACGGCCAUACCCUUAAAGAGAAAUGAAUUAUCCCUAAGCACCUAUCGUGUGUUGCUUGUUCUCAAGGGAAACUCAUUUCUAGGCCAUCACCAGUUAAAGUCACUAAGGAAAUGAUAAACUUUCUGGAAAGAAUUCAAGGAGACAUCUGUGGACCAAUUCACCCACCUAGUGGGACAUUUCGAUAUUUCAUGGUCCUCAUAGAUGCGUCCUCUAGAUGGUCGCAUGUCUGUCUCCUCUCGACCAGAAACUUGGCAUUUGCCAGGUUACUUGCUUAGAUAAUUCAAUUACGAGCUCAUUUCCCAGAUUUUCCUUUGAAGACUAUACGUCUUGAUAAUGCUGGUGAGUUUACUUCCCAAGCGUUUAAUGAUUACUGUAUGUCCAUGAGGGUAAGUGUGGAACACUCCGUGGCACAUGUACAUACACAGAACGGCUUGGCCGAAUCAUUUAUAAAACGCAUACAGCUCAUAGCUCGACCAUUACUCAUGAGGUCGAGACUUCCGGUCUAAGCGUGGGGACACGCUGUCCUUCACGCGGCCAAACUCCUACGCAUCAGGCUAUCUAGUGAACAUAAGUACUCCCCAUCACAAUUACUUACGGGUCACGCGCCCGACAUUUCCCAUAUUAAGACAUUCGGCUGUACCGUUUAUGUUCCAAUUGCUCGACCACAGAGAACAAAAAUGGGACCUCAAAGGAGGAUGGGGAUAUAUGUUGGAUUUGAUUCCCCCACGAUUUUAAAGUAUCUUGAGCCAACUACGGGUGAUUUGUUUAAGGCCAGAUACGCGGAUUGUCAUUUCAAUGAAUCUGAACUUCUAACAUUAGGGAGAAAUAGCAGUAAAAUGGUAAAAGAAAUUUCAUGGAAUCAAACAUCCAUAUCUUGGCAAGAUCCUCGAACUCAAGAAUGUGAUCUAGAAGUUCAAAAGAUCAUUCAUUUACAAAAACUAGCUAAUCAAUUGCCAGAUUCCUUUGCUGACCCGAAAAGUGUGACUAAGUCAUACAUGCCAGCUGCUAAUGCACCAAUAAGAAUUGAUGUUCAAGAGGGACACAAUCAAGUUGCUACAGAGUCUAGACAACGUGUGAAACGUGGUAGACCAAUAGGUUCCGAAGAUAAGAACCCUCGAAAAACAAAGAAAGGUGCAGAAAAUGAAAACGAGGUUGUUCAGACACCAGACAUGGCCGCGGCCGAUCCAGCCCGUGAUGUGGCCGCGUCCGACCCUACAGCUCUAGACAUGGCCGGACCUGAUGCCACUGAUGUGGCCGGCCCUGAUGUGCCAAAUAAUAUUGCUUGGGACGCCUUGCUUCAUGGUACUGAUGGUGUAGAUAAUAAUGAGAUCUCAAUAAACUAUGUCUUGUCUGGAAAACGGUGGAACAGAAAACAUGUCGACAUGGAUGAUAUAUUUGCUUAUGAAGUAGGACUUAUGGAUAACGAGGAUUAUGAACCCACGUCUAUAUAUGAAUGCAUGCAACGACCAGAUUGGCUUAAGUGGAAAGAAGCCAUAAACGUGGAGUUAGAAUCAUUGAGAAAAAGAGGUGUAUUUGGUCCAAUAAUCCGGACACCUCAUGAUAUAAAAUCAGUUGGAUACAAAUGGGUUUUUGUGAGAAAGAGAAAUGAGAAAGGCGAAGUUGUGAGAUACAAAGCAUGACUUGUUGCACAAGGAUUCUCACAAAGAGCAGUAAUAGGCUAUGAGGAGACGAACUCCCCUGUGGUGGAUGCUACGACCUUCAGAUUCCUAAUGAGUCUAGCCGUGAGAGAAGGUCUAGAUUUACGGUUAAUGGAUGUUGUAACCGCAUACCUUUAUGGUCCACUGGAUAAUGAAAUCUAUAUGAAAGUCCCAGAAGGUAUCGAAUUGAAAAACAAAGAGAGUUCUCGAGAACAACAUUGUAUUAAGUUGAAUUAAUCUCUUUAUGGACUGAAACAAUCCGGACGGAUGUGGUACAAUAGACUCAGUGAGUACCUAGCAAAAGAGGGAUAUAGAAAUGACCCUAUCAGUCCAUGUAUUUUCGUUAAGAAAUUCGAAAAUCAAGGGUUCGUGAUCAUAGCAGUAUAUGUUGAUGAUCUGAACAUCCUUGGAACCUCUAGAGAGAUUUCCCAAACGGUUGAAUACCUUAAGAAAGAAUUUGAGAUGAAAGAUCUCGGGAAAAUAAAAUUUUGUUUGGGAUUACAACUUGAGUACAUAAAUGAUGGGAUCCUUGUGCAUCAGAUGACAUACACUGAAAAGGUACUCAGGAGGUUUAACAUGGCCGAUUGUCAUCCUCUGACCAGUCCCAUGGUCGUGAGAUCACUCGGCCUGGACACUGACCCAUUCCAUCCCAAGAUGGACGAUGAGGAUGUCCUAGGUACCGAAAUGCAAUAUCUCAGUGCCAUAGGAGCUUUAAUGUACUUGGCAACUCACACACGGCCUGAUAUAAGCUUUGCCGUGAACCUACUAUCUAGGUUUAGUUCCUGUCCGACCUAGAGGCACUGGAAUGGGAUCAAACACGUUCUUCGUUACCUGCAAGGAACAAAAGACUUGGGUCUAUGUUAUACCAACCAUAACAAAGAUGGUUUAGUUGGUUUUGCUGAUGCUGGUUAUCUAUCAGAUCCACAUCAAGCACGAUCACAUACAGGAUAUGUCUUUACACAUGGAGGUACGGCCAUUUCAUGGCGUUCCAUGAAACAAACCAUCGCGGCCACUUCAUCUAAUCACUCGGAAAUCUUGGCUAUACAUGAGGCCAGCCGCGAGUGUGUUUGGUUGAGGUCGAUGACCCAACACGUCCGAGCUGAUUGUGGGAUGGCCGAGAGCAAAGAGACAACUGUGAUGUAUGAGGACAAAGCUGUGUGCAUUGCUCAGCUCAAGGACAGUUACAUAAAAGGUGAUAGGACGAAGCACAUAUUGCCUAAGUUCUUCUUUACUCACGAGCUUCAGAAAGCCGGUGAGGUCCAGGUCGUCCAAGUACGAUCAAGUGACAAUUCAGCAGACCUAUUCACGAAAGCACUUCCUACGUGCACGUUCAGGAAGCUCACGCAUCAGAUUGUGAUGUGUAGGUUGAAAGACCUCCACUGAGGUUCACAUCAGGGGGAGUAGUACGUGUUGUACUCUUUUUCCAUCAUCAUGGUUUUGUCCCACUGAGUUUUCCUGAUAAGGUUUUAAUGAGGCAACAUUAAGCGUAUUACAAUCCAUGUAUGGUUAUGGCAUCCAAGGGGGAGUGUUAUAAAUCAAUUGAUGGAUGUCCAUAACAGGCCCGAUCUAUUAAAGGCCCAAACCGCAGGAGAGAGAGAUGAGAGAGAGUCGACCGAGUAUGAGAGAGAGAGGCGGCCAAGACUUUCCAUUCUUCUAGUUUUCCUAAUUCAUUUAUGUUUAUGAUUUGUAAUCUUUCCUUUUAUCUAUCUUGUAAUCCCCUAUAUAAAGGGAACACUUAUUCAUUAAUAAUACACAGAAACUUACAGCUCUAAAUCAUAAGUUUCACAACAAAAACAUAAUUUGUCUUCCUUUCUUUUCUAUGAAUUCGUUGACUUUCAAAAUCAACAUUUCUUAGAAGUUAUCUCUUGAUAGAUAAAAUAACCAAAUCACUCAAUCUUUCUUGUGACAUAGUCGAACAAAGAUAAAAUUUUAUUAGCUUCAGCUUUGAAAAACUCCUCUCAGCAGAUGCAACCGAAAAUGGAAUGGUCAACAAUAUUCGGUAAGCAAUCCAUGAAUUUGGAUACAAAUCAUGAACACUUUCCAAAAAGUCUAGCACUUCACUACGCUUCUUAAUUCUUUAUCAUAAAAUUUCUUUUAGAGUUUUGAGUUCAGCAAAAAGAUCUAUACCAACAAUAUCUGAAUGAUCAAAAACCAUCAAACUAUCAUCAAAUAAAAAUCCAAAUAUUUUUUCAUACUUCUGGAAUUGUUCAAAUUUUGUCCCAAGUGAGUAGAGAGCUUGGUCCAUGAUAUGAAGAAACUAGUCAAUUCUAAAUUUCUCUUCGGGGGAUAAUGUCACACCUCCCUCUACAUUCUCUGAAUCUUCAGUACAAUGUGUUUUUCUUUUCUUGCUUGGAGAACACAGCUCAAACCCCUAUAAAUACACAGCUUCAAGCCCAUAUAAUGGCUUUAUCUCUUAUGGCCCAUAUUUAGCCUACUAAUCUUAUUAUAAAGUUUUAAACUCAAGCCCAUAUAAAUACAUUAUUACUUAUGAUUAUUAGUAUUAGUAUUUACUAUUUACUAAAUAUAUGCUAUUAACUGUUUUUUUGAAAAAUUGAUGCCCUAUGCGGAUGUUUCUUUUGGAGGCAAGGGAAGCACGGUCCAAGCAACCAGACUGACCAAAUGCAAUGCUCUGGUCCCAAUAUCAAAGCCUCAGGCAAAAUAUGAGACUUAUACUCCGGCGACAAAUUUACCGAAGUCUUUUUUACUAUUUUAGAUUAAGAAGAAUGAAUUUGUGCGCCAACAUUUACUAAUCAAUAACAAAUUCUCUUCAACAUGUGAUAAGUGAAGUGAUUUGCAACCAACAUAACCAAAACCUCCAUACCAUGUUUAGAUUUGCCUCUUUCUGUACUUCAAAUUUUAUUGUUUAUUCAUUUUUUUGUGGAUUCUAUCCAAAAAUAUUACACUGA